AUGUCAGCUCUUGGUAUGCCUCCGCACCUUCUUGUAUUAUUUCAAGCUAGGCCGCCACUAGAGCGAGUGGAUCCAUUACCAAAUAAACCUGUAAGGCAAAUUGACGGUAUAUCUGAUUUUUUGGACUCAUUUAGUAAAGAGGAACCGCCAAAGAAGGAGCCAUUCGAAACUCCAAGACAGAGGCGGGAUAAAAGGAAGCGAGAACGCCUUAUUAGAUACGAAGAAGAAUUAAAGAGAAGAGUGGAGUCCUAUGACCCUAAAUAUGAUCCAAGGUUGGCAAGGGGAGGAACAUCCAGUUGGUUGACCCAUGACCCCUAUAGAACACUUUUUGUGGCAAACAUCGCAUACGAAGUCACAGAAAGACAACUCUGUAAGGAGUUUGAAGUCUACGGGAAAAUAAGAAGAGUUCGUAUGAUACACGAUCGCAAAAAUAAGCCCAGAGGAUACGCCUUUAUAGAGUUCGAAUCGGAACGCGACAUGGUACUGGCUUACAAGAGAGGAGAUGGCAAAAAAAUAUCAGGAAGGAGAGUAAUCGUGGACGUGGAAAGAGCUAGGACAGUGGAAGGAUGGCUUCCGAGAAGAUUGGGAGGCGGAAAGGGGAGAUCGAGGAGAGCGCCACCCAAGUUUUAUGAUGGAAGGCCACUGGUGCCACGAGAUCAUACAAAUUAA